UUCUACUCUACAGAUUUCUGCACUUAGAAAAAUAAGUAUAUAACUAGAGACAGAGAAGAGGGGAGAGGAAUAGACUUUCUUUCUUUUUCUUUUUCUUUUUUUUUUUUGAGAUGGAGUCUUGCUCUGUUGCCCAGGCUGGAGUGCAAUGGCACAAUCUCAACUCACUGCAACCUCUGCCUCCUGGGUUCAGGCAAUUCUCCUGCCUCAGCCUCCCAAGUAGCUGGGACUACAGGUGCGUGCCACCAUUCCCGGCUAAUUUUUGUACUUUUAAUAAAAAUGGGGUUUUACCAUGCUGGCCAGGCUGGUCUCGAACUCCUGACCUCAAGUGAUCCACCAGCUUCAGCCUCCCACAGUGCUGGGGAGGAGUAGAUUUUCUAUUGAGGGGAUAUAUAGCUUUUUUUUUUUUCAGGAAAGUAUUAAUAGUUCUUAGUUAUUUUUUAAAAGUCAUACAUGCCUGUGAGAAUCUGAUGAAAGCUAUGGCUCCUUUCUCCACAAAAAUGAAUAUACGUAUGCACCCAAUUGCAGGUGGUCCACAAGGUUGUCCGUGUCAGAAUGCCUACUCUGGGUUAAUCCGUGGGGAUUGUUCCUUGGGCAUUCAUUUGGCUGAGCGGGCACCAAGGUGGAUAUGGACUGGCAGGCAGUAACUCUGCAACAAGAUUAGGUUCUCUUUUUAAGGAAACCAGAGGCAAGAAGCCCAGCGGGCUGCACCUCUCAGGUCAGGUGGUGGCAGCACACAGUAUUAGGAGCAAUGCUCACUCAGGCACCAUGAAUAAGGGCAGAGGGGUAGGUAGGAACAGUAAGCCCUUCAAUGCAUUGCUGUUACCUCUGUGGGAAUUUGGGGAGGGAAGGGAAGGAGCCAAAGGUAUUUACUCUGAUUGGUCACCUGAGUAAACAUGGCAUUUACCACCUUGGUCACUUAUCUAUAUGUAUUUUUGGAGUGAACAAUAGAUCGGUGCCUGAAUACAGGGGAUGAGAGGCUAUGGAAUGUGGAAGGGUGGGAGGGCAGCACCUUCUUCUGCUCUUGACAGGGCAGGGAGGAUUAGAACAUCUCUGCAUCCCUCACACCCUCAGGUGCCUCAGCCUUGGUAGACUGGAAUUCAAUUCAGAGGCAGGUGAUCAGAGUAGCCAUCAAAUCACAAGAGGUUCAUGUAACAGUCGGCCAAGACUUUGGGACGUUAAAUACAUGCUUUUCUUUAAUUAAAUAAGACAGGGUUGUGUUGCUUUAACCUAUCAAAUUGCAAGUUGAUUCAAAAAUAGAAAAAGUAAGGAAUUAUUUGUGUAAAAUGGCCAAGAUUAGACAACUGGUCGUCUCUUUGUGGAGUAAUUCAUAGAUCAUGUUAAAAAAAUCCAUUUUUUUUUAAGAGAGAGAGGCUUGCUCUCUGUCACCCAGGCUGGAGUGCAGUGGUGAGAUCAUAGCUCACUGCAGCCUUAAACUCCUGGGCUCCAGCAAUCCACCCACCUCAGCCCACUUUUCAAUUUCAAAAUGAGUUAUUUUGUUUUAAAAGCUACUAAUUGGCUGUAACCAGUAGAAAUAUUUUCCUUCUGUUACAAAUAAAAUAACGAAAUUAAUGAGGCCUUUUGGGUUUUCUCUCCCGUUUAAACUCUCCACUCAAAGGAAAAUAGCAUCAUUUUAUUUUCUUAAUAUAAAAGUAAUGCGUUACUGAUUUAAAAACAAAUGAGCAGAAAAGUUUAAAUAAGACACUCCCACGAUCUAUCUCCUUUUCUAACAUCUUGCUCCACAUUUUACAGGGGGGCAGAAGAAAUUGGACAUUCAUGACUGGUGAUGGGGGAGGUAUAGAGAGAGACAGUUGGACUGGGACUAGAGAAGAUAAAAAAUUAUUCCUCGAAGAGGAAGAAAAGGCCAACGGACACGGGAGCAGAUACAGCCUCUUUCUGUAAACCAAAGAAAGGCAAAUUUCAACCACAAAGAGAAGCUACUUCUGGUCUCCGGGGUUGGCAAAGAGGAAAAUGAGUGGCAGGACCUGAUGUGUCAGGGAAGGAAGGGGAGGGCCGGCUUCUGCGGCGCUGCUGAUGGGAGUGGUAAUUGGGGUCCUGAUCUCACGGUUGACGUGGCCCUCACGUGAGCUGGAGCCGACGCGUGCAGACGUUCUUCUAAUUCUAGUCUUCGUUUGGUCCGGUUGCACUCUCCCUAUCACCCAGAGGGCGAGAGGGCCUGUGGCCUGGGGGAAGGAGGACGAGAUUACUGCCUGGAUCCCAGCAGGACGCUGUGCCAUUUGGGAACAAAGGAAUAGUCUGCUUGGAAUCCCUGCAGAUCUAGGGGCCGGAGGCCAGUCCAACCCUUGGAGCAGGAAGAAACGCAAAGUUUUCAAGAACCAAGUAGGUCAUAAUAAGGGUGAUGGCAUUAUUUGGGGAUGGAGCAUGGUGGCGACUGCAACUCGAGUAGGCCCGUGGACCCCUUCCAUGUCCCCCUCCUUCCUUCUUAUCUACACCAUUUCGGAGCUUGCAAAAGAAAUUGCUCUGCAGGUCAAGCUGCCUCAGAGCCGGCCAGCAGUAGCUGCAGACUCCGCCUGCGACGUGUGCGCGCUUCUCUGGGCCAGAGCGAGCCUGUUUUGUGCUCGGGUUAAGAGAUUUGUCCCAGCUAUACCAUGGGCCGCACUCGGGAAGCUGGCUGCGUGGCCGCUGGUGUGGUUAUCGGGGCUGGUGCCUGCUACUGUGUAUACAGACUGGCUUGGGGAAGAGACGAGAAUGAGAAAAUCUGGGAUGAAGACGAGGAGUCUACGGACACCUCAGAGAUUGGGGUUGAGACUGUGAAAGGAGCUAAAACUAACCUUGGGGCAGGGUCUGGGGCCAAACUUCAGGGUGAUUCAAAGGUCAAGCCUGAGGUGAGUUUGGGACUCGAGGAUUGUUCGGGUGUAAAAGAGAAGGCCCAUUCAGGAUCCCACAGCGGAGGUGGCCUAGAGGCCAAGGCCAAGGCCCUUUUCAACACGCUGAAGGAACAGGCAAGUGCAAAGGCAGGCAAAGGGGCUAGGGUGGGUACCAUCUCUGGGAACAGGACCCUUGCACCGAGUUUACCCUGCCCAGGAGGCAGGGGUGGAGGCUGCCAUCCCACCAGGAGUGGAUCUAGGGCCAGGGGCAGGGCAAGUGGAAAAUCCAAGGGAAAGGCCCGAAGUAAGAGCACCAGGGCUCCAGCUACAACAUGGCCUGUCCGCAGAGGCAAGUUCAACUUUCCUUAUAAAAUUGAUGAUAUUCUGAGUGCUCCCGACCUCCAAAAGGUCCUCAACAUCCUGGAGCGAACAAACGAUCCUUUUAUUCAAGAAGUAGCCUUGGUCACUCUGGGUAACAAUGCAGCAUAUUCAUUUAACCAGAAUGCCAUACGUGAAUUGGGUGGUGUCCCAAUUAUUGCAAAACUGAUAAAAACGAAAGACCCCAUAAUUAGGGAAAAGACUUACAAUGCCCUUAAUAACUUGAGUGUGAACGCAGAAAAUCAGGGCAAGAUUAAGACGUACAUCAGUCAAGUGUGUGAUGACACCAUGGUCUGUCGCUUGGACUCAGCUGUGCAGAUGGCUGGGCUAAGACUGUUAACCAACAUGACUGUGACUAAUCAUUACCAACAUUUGCUUUCCUAUUCUUUUCCAGACUUUUUUGCUUUGUUAUUCCUGGGAAAUCACUUCACCAAGAUACAGAUUAUGAAACUAAUUAUAAACUUUACUGAAAAUCCAGCCAUGACAAGAGAGCUGGUCAGUUGUAAAGUACCAUCAGAAUUGAUUUCCCUCUUUAAUAAAGAAUGGGAUAGAGAGAUUCUUCUUAAUAUCCUUACCCUAUUUGAGAAUAUAAAUGACAACAUAAAAAAUGAAGGGCUUGCAUCAUCCAGGAAAGAAUUCAGCAGAAGUUCACUUUUUUUCUUAUUCAAAGAGUCUGGAGUUUGUGUUAAGAAAAUCAAAGCACUAGCAAAUCACAAUGAUCUGGUGGUGAAAGUAAAAGUCCUGAAAGUAUUAACCAAACUCUAAUUUGGAGUCUGUCCCAAACAAUAUUGAGGUAUUUGCAGUUGGUACGAUGUGAUUUGUAAAUUCUUUGUUUUUCAUUGUGCAUAUAUGGUAAAGAGAUCUUUGCAGCUGCUAUUUUGGAAUAAUGAUUAUCAUAUAUCAUAACAGUGACUGAUGUUGGUUGUAACGGUUGGGUUUAGGAUGGACCAUUUUAAGGAUGCCAAGUGGAAUAUUAGUAUUUGUACACAGAAAGAAUUGAUUGAUUUGAUCUUAUUACCUAGAUUGAGAUUUUUUAAUCUUUCCUCUACCUAAACUGACAAUGAAUUAGUUAUACAUCAUGAAUAAGCUACACUUUUAUAUUAGUUUAUAUUUGUUAUUCUAAGACUUGUGUUUCAUCAAUAAAGUUGUGUUUUAAGCAGCAGAAAAAAAA